AUGGCGUUUUAUGUUCAUAAGGCCCAUGAUGUUGACUCCAUCAAGUUUUGGGGGGUGGAAGAUAUUUGGGAUAGACCUUUGUUUAAAGACAUUGACUUUGAUCAUUUGGAUUGGAGCACGGCUCAUAUUGGCCAAUCAUUUGGACCUUCAUGGAAGACAUUUUGGUUCAAAUUGACUUGGCAAUUGCCUCUGGAUUGGCAUAUGGACGAUGCCAACCACCCAUUGGAAUUGGAAUGGGAUUCAAGUUCGGAAGCUCUUGUGUAUUCUUGCAAGGGGGUACCCUUGCAAGCUUUCACUGGAGGUGAGAGAACUAUUUAUAAGUUGCCUCUGGAAUAUUACACAACAGAGAAACUGUUUACGCUUUACAUGGAAAUGGCAUGUAAUGGUAUGUUUGGUAACGGUAGUGGUGAACAUCCAGACCCCAACCGGUGGUUUAGAUUAAACACUUGUCGUAUCAGACAACCCAAUUUGAAUGCGUUCCAAUUGUUUUGGGACUUUUGGAUCUUGGGUGAUUCUUCAAGAGAAUUUCCCGGGUUUUCAUGGCAAAAGUACAAGGCUAAUGAACUUUGUAAUCGGAUCAUGGAUACUUAUGAUCCUAAUGAUGUUUCUUCUAUCGAUGCCUGUCGGAAAUUGGCUCAAGAAAUGUUGGGUCCAGAUGUUGAUCUGCCUACAGUGUUCAAUAAAGGUAAUAUUGAUCCUAAGAAUGUAGUGGUUCAUGGGGUUGGGAAUUGCCAUAUUGAUACUGCUUGGUUAUGGCCCUUUGCUGAAACAAAACGUAAAAUCGUUCGGUCUUGGACAACCCAAAUCAAAUUGACUGAAGAAUAUCCUGAAUAUGUGUUUGUAGCAUCGCAAAUGCAACAAUUCAAAUGGUUAAAAAUUUACCAUCCUGAAAUCUUCGACAAGGUCAAGCAAAAGUUCACUACCAAUCAAUUCAUCCCCAUUGGUGGGUCAUGGGUCGAACAUGACACCAAUAUGCCAAAUGGUGAGUCUCUUAUAAGACAGUUUGUGUUUGGACAAAGAUUUUUAAACGACAAUUUCGGCUUCAAAUCAGAUGUCUUUUGGUUACCAGAUACUUUUGGUUAUUCAUCCCAAAUCCCCCAAGUAUGCCAAGAAUGUGGUCUUACCAAGUUUUUGACUCAAAAGUUGUCCUGGAACAACAUCAACCUGUUCCCAUUGACUACUUUCAAUUGGGUGGGUAUUGAUGGCUCUCAGGUUUUGGUCCAUAUGCCUCCAGCAAAUACUUACACUGCAAGUGCUCAUUGGGGUGAUGUAUGGAGAACGGCCACGCAAAACAAAAACAUGCGUGAUAGUGGACAUGGACUCUUGUUGUUUGGCCAUGGUGACGGAGGAGGUGGUCCGACAGGUGAAAUGAUUGAGAAAAUCAGACGGUGUAGAGGUUUAGCUAAUACGGUUGGUAUGAUGCCUCCAGCCCAAUUGGGAACAACCGUGGAAGAAUUCUAUGAUCUUAUAUUGAAAUCAACAGAUCAAGGUCGUACCUUACCUUCUUGGUUGGGUGAGAUUUAUUUAGAAUUCCACAGAGGCACUUACACCACCCAAGCCAAAGUCAAGAAGUUCAUGAGAACAGGGGAAAUAAAGUUACAUGAUUUGGAAUACUUGGCUACGAUUGCCCAUGUAACCAGACCAGAGUUCAAGUAUCCACACGCAGAAAUCUCCAGUUUAUGGGAAGAUUUAUUACUUUGUCAGUUUCAUGAUGUUUUACCCGGUUCUUGUAUUGGAAUGGUAUAUUAUCAUGAAGUGCAUCCACUUAUUGACAAGUUCUUCUCCAAGGUGGACAAAUUGACUAAUGAUGUUCUAAGUUAUUUUGGUAACAAGGACAAAACAACAAAUUUCAUUAAUACUUUGCCCUGGGACAGACAAGAGAUUAUUGAUCAUCCAGACUUUGGAGUACCACGGUUAGUACAAUUUAGUGCUAAUUCCUCUGAAGUUUCGAUUGUGAAUGCUUCUCUGUUGAAGUAUCCAGCCAGAUUAAUUACCAGUGGUGGUGCCACUGAUACUGAAACAGCUGCAUAUGUACUCACCAAUGAUUUGCUUAAAGUGGAAAUCAACUCUAACGGAUUAAUUCAGAGUAUUUGGGAUUUCCGUAAUGGAGGACGUGAAGUCCUUGACUCCACCAAGACAUCCAAUUCUAAUGGAUUUGGUAAUCAAUUCCUUUUAUUCGAAGACAGACCAAAUACUUAUCCUGCUUGGGACACUGAACUAUACAAUGUCAAUACGUUCAAGUUCUUGGAGAAUGGAGAAGUUGAUAUACUUUCUGUUGAUCCAUUAUUGGCUAGCAUAAAGGUGAUCAAUAAAUUGGAUACCAAUUCACAUAUUGAAACCAUUAUUUCCUUAAAUGGUACUCUGGAUGAAACCCAACUGUGCUUACAUUUCAAAUGCAAAGUGAUUAAUUGGAAUAAGACAUAUGAAUUCUUAAAAGUCCAAUUCCCUACAACCAUUUUCACUGCUUCUGAAGCUAAAUAUGAAACCCAGUUUGGUAUUACCAAAAGACCUACCCAUUACAAUACUAAUUGGGACAUUGCAAAGUUUGAAGUAUGUCAUCACAAGUUUAUGGACUUGUCUGACUAUAAGUAUGGUGUUUCCAUAUUGAAUAAUUGCAAAUAUGGGGCCUCUAUUCAUGGCAACUUGAUGAGAUUAUCACUCUUGAGAUCACCUAAAGUCCCUGAUGAUAAAGCAGACAUGGGAGAUCAUGAAUUUGAAUAUUGUUUGUACCCACAUUUGGAUGAUUUGGGCAUUGAUACUGUUCGUAAGGCAUGGGAGUUCAACUAUAAGGUUCUCCAAUCAGAGAUACCCGUUUCUAUACCAACUUUAGUUUAUUCCAAGGGAGAUGCAAACAUUGUGUUAUCUCAUUUGAAAUUGCCUGAAGCGAAGUCUAAAUCUAAAGACAUUAUCAUUCGAUUAUACGAAAGUUUAGGAGGGUCCGGGUCCAAGGCAACUAUCGUGGUCAAUGACAAAUACCCCAUCUCACAGGUACACAAGUUGAAUGCCUUGGAAGACGUGGUUAAACACGAAGUCGCCCAUGAUAAAUCUAAAAAUACUUUUGAUAUCGAAUUACGUGGGUUCGAAAUUGCAACCUACAAAGUGGUGUUCAGUGGUUAA